CCUUUCUCGUGUUUUUGACGUCAGCUCUGAAAUGUAUAUUCAUAAAACCCUUUUAUAGCUUGUCCUUUCCUGAAGUUUCUCGCUGUGCUCAUUGAUACUCCUGGACCGUACUUCCUUGUGCAUUUUCUCACUCAAUUUUUCUUUAUAAUGGCAGGUAUUUCUGUGACAGCUUUUGACGAGGUAUGCUUUGGAAAUUGUUGUAUUUUAUCGCUUGUAUUUUGCAGUUGUGUGCACCCUUGCUGAAGUUGCUGGUUGAGCAUUUUACACUAGCGAAAUCUGUGCGCGUUUAUCAUAUAUUACGCUCGCUUGAUUGACAUUGUUAUAGCCAUUUUAUCAAGGGAAUUACUUGCUUUGUUUCGCUUUUAGAUCUACAAUGACAAAAUAGCCGCGUACUUGGAGCUUUCGGCUAAAAUUGGGGGCGAUGUGAAUACACAGGUGUGGUAUUAAAGUAAUUAAAACCGAAAUGAAAUUGACAAAACUUUUAGCUUGCGACAUUGUUAUGCUUAUACCCAAGGGACAACGCCAAGUGUUCUUGAAAUCCUUUAAAAUUGUCUCAAAAUACAAUAAAUGAACCCAGUUUUCUGCCCGAAAGUGUACAAUUUUAAAUAGCAGUUGUGAAAUUGUUUAUAUUACCGGAAUUAAUUUUGAUAGCUGAGUGUUAUCUUAAAGCCGAAUGGGUGGGAUAAUUAUAAACAUGAUUUUGUUUUUAUUUUGCUUUUUUAAAGGCCCAACUUGUCAAGAAAGCUUUUGCAGCCCUGAGACAGUUGCUGUGUACAGCAGAGAGCAGUGCCAAACCAUCUGAUGUAUGUCUGUGUAUUGGCAGUAUACUGUGUACAAGUAUUUAAUAAUUGUGCAUUUUGACAUUUAAUAAGUUAAUAUAAAGUUGCCUAAUUUGUAUAAUUAAAUUUAAAAUCUACUUAACAUUGUAGUGAAUAAUGGUAGUUAUUGUAUGAAGUUAAAUCGAUUUUUAUGCCUGAAAUAAUUUGUAGUUCUGUUGCAAGAUCCUUCUCACAGGAAGAACUCAUUUCCCAAUACAGUGACCUCUAUGUUGCACACUGGAGUCAUAUCUUCAGUCGAUGUCAGAUUGAAAAUCUAACCCAAGAAAAUCUUUGAACACGAAAAUCUUUGUGGAAAUAUUUGACAAUUUUGACAAUCUGUUUUAGGCUAGCCUUCCUACCGUAUUGAAGCCAUUGGCUGAUUGCAUUGGAGAAAUUUCAGUAAGUAAUGUGAUUGAUUUAUCACAUCAACCAAUCAGCUUGGGUACAUACAGUAGUAAUGCCCCAUGAUCGCAUGAUGUAGCCACCGCACCUCUUAGUAAUAUCAACUUGUAUAACAUUCUGUUUCCACUUUCAGAAUUUCCGUGAUCAAAAUCGUAAAAGCGAACUUUUUAACCAUUUGUCAACUGUGAGUGAAGCGAUCGGAGCUUUAGGAUGGGUUAGCGUGGUAAGUAAAUUUAUCUGCACAUAUUGCAUUUGCAUCAUAAGGACGAAUCAUGGAUAAAAACAUUGUCUAUUCUUACUUGAUCGAGGCCUUCACGUUUGUUCGACAUCUAACUUCAAGUAAUUUCUUUCCAGUCUCCAACACCUGGUCCCUUUGUCAAGGAAAUGGCCGAUGCUGGACAAUUUUAUGGCAACAGAGUGUUAAAAGAAUACAAGGAGAAGUAUGUACCAUAAUGUUUGCUGCAUUUCAGGUAGACUUGGUUCAAGUCCGUCUCAGGAGAAAAUUAGGGAGACAGACUUGGGAUAUUUGCUAUUUCAGUUACUUGCAAAACUUGGUGUGAAAAUUUGUUGUUGUUCUCAACUCGCAAGCCAUGCCUCCGUAGGAAAAAUAGGACAGUAAAAUUUGGUGCGCUUGCAGGGUAUCCAAGUCCGUCUCUCCCUACUUUUCUUUCAUAUUUUCGCACCUUUUUUGACCGCUUGUGUGCAACCCCUUGAGAGACGGACUUGAACCAAGUCUACAUUUCAGGCAUUGAGGCCAUUUAACCAAGAGCUGUUGUUGAGAAUUAUAUUAGGAAUCCACUCUUACUAUUUAAAGUGAUAUUUUAUUUCAGAGAUCAAGACCAUGUAAAUUGGGUGAAAAGUUAUCAAGGCAUUUGGACUGUAAUGAUCGCAUACAUCAAACAACACCAUACCACUGGACUUACGUGGAAUGCUAAAGUAUGAUUUGUUGUUGCCCUCAACAUUGAAUAUUUAUUUACUAUUUCAGUCUUUCUAACCGCCCGUCAAUUUUAGGGUGGUAGUGCACCUGCACCCCCUCCACCAGGUGGAGCCCCACCCCCUCCCCCUCCUGUCCAAGCACCUGCCCCUGUCACGUCUGGUGGUGGUGGUGAUGCUAGUGGCCGAUCAGCAUUGCUGGACGCUCUGAGCAAAGGCGCUGAUGUUACAGCAGGUAUGAUAAUUAAUACAACUACCUAAAAAAUAUAAGGAGAAUUCCCACGUUUCAAGUGAAGGCCGAGUUACUCCAGAUGAGGUAAUUCCAGACAGGGGCCUUCGCUCGACAUCUAAUCAACCCAUUGAGUCGCAUUGCGCCCUACUUUAUAAUUUAUUUUGCUCUGUCUAACGCCAGAUGAUUUUACUCGUCAAGGGCAGAGCACUGGCGCUUAACGGGUUAACUAAAUGAGACAGUCCAUCUUUGGGUCAGUCGGUCAAGGUUUGGUUAGUCAGCCAGUGGGUCGGUUAGUCCAUCUUAAGCCAGCCAGCAAGUGGGUUGCUCGACAGUCAUUUUGAUUCAGAAUAACAUCAACUGGCUACCUUAGGUUUGAAGAAAGUCACCAAUGACAUGAAAACUCACAAGAACCCGGCAUUGCGAGGAAGCAGCAAGGUUCCGGCUACCUCGGGCCCGGCCAAAUCAGGGUCCAAAUCCUCCGCCUAUACUCCCAAGCCGUUCCAGGCAUCCCGGACUGGUGGAGCAGUUACCCGACCUGUCAGCAUGAAGAAACCACCCAAGAAAGAAUUACUGGGGCAAAAGAAAUGGAUUGUGGUGGGUUUUUGGAUGGAGUGUUUUUACUAUCAAUGUUUAUUCCAGAGGUCCGGUUAGCGAAAUCUCUUAUUGCUAAACUAACUAUAUUUACACUGGAUAGCUCUGUCAGUUCUAAACUGUUCUCCCCAGAGGUCCAGUAAGGAUCAUUUCUUAUUGAUCCAGUGUUACUACAGGAGGAAACCUAAGCUAAACUAACUUUAUUUACACUGGAUAGCUCUGUCAGUUCUAAACUGUUCUUCCUAGAGGUCCAGUAAGGAUCAUUUCUUAUUGAUUCAGUGUUACUACAGGAGGAAACCUAAACUAAACUAACUUUAUUUAUACUGGAUAGCUCUGUCGGUUCUAAACUGUUCUCCCUAGAACAUGAAGCUAUGAGAAAGUAAAGAGGGUAAUUUUACAUUCAUUAUUUUCGUAGGAAAACUUUGAAAAUGAUCGAAACAUUGUGAUAGAUCAAACAAACCUCAAACAAACUGUAUAUAUUUACAACUGCAAGGAUUGUACAAUUAUUAUCAAGGGGAAACUGAACACGGUCACAUUGGGUAAGCAUUGGAGUGCAUUUAAGAAUUCACUGCAAAUGAAUUAUAUUGGGUUUCAGUAAGCAUUAUAGGGCAGCAGAUGGUGCUCAAUUUCAGAAAUGUUCACAUUAAAUGUUUUUAGAUUCUUGCAAGAAAACUGCGGUUGUUGUGGAUGACCUGAUAGCUGGUUUAGAAUUUGUAAAUUGUCAAAGUGUUCAGGCACAGGUAUAAGCUGUUUUAUAUUAAAGGUUAAGCAUUUAAGUGAGCAGGUUCAGUGAGCAGGUUCAGAGAGCUCAGGCAACCCAUUUUUGGGGAUGUUUAGUCUACAAUUAUUACCAAUUCAGAAACUGUUCUUACUAUGCAGUAUAACCAUGGGUAAACCAACCGACCAACCAUUGACUGACCAACUAAACCACAUUUUUGCAAAUAAAUCUCAGUUGAAAUGUGCAACUAAAAUGCUUAAUUAAUGAAACAAUACCUUAUAAUUUCAGGUAAAUGGUGAAAUCCCGCUGGUCUCUAUAGAUAAAACAGAUGGUAUUCAAGUUUAUCUCAGUGCGAAAUCUAAACAAGCAGAAAUUGUCACUGCCAAGUCGUCUGAAAUGAAUAUAUUAGUACCAACAGACAGUGGUGAUUUUGUAAGUCUGCUCUUUAUAGUCUGGUUGUUGUUUUUGGGCUGAUGAUGAGUGGUGAUGAUGAUGAGUGGUGAUGAUGAUGAGUGGUGAUGAUGAUGAGUGGUGAUGAUGGUGGUGAUGAUCAGGUGGUGGUGAUGAUAAUGAUGGUUGUGGUAUGUAUGCAUAAAACUUGUAGUGAGGAUGUUUUGUUUAUUUACAUUUUAUUUGUUUAUUUAUCCAGAAUGAAUACGCAUUACCAGAGCAAUACAAGUCAACUUGGAAUGGCAAAGGAUUUACAACAGUACCUACAGAAUCAACUUGAAAAAAGCAAUAUGAACUUUCAAUAAUCAAUCCAAAUUACGUUGUGCCUAAAUUUAUUUUUACAAAAUUCAUCCUUUCGAAUUAUUUAGUAUUUUGUAAACAAUUUUGAUAAGUGCACUAGAUGAAAAUAGAAUAUUCAUAGGUCAGGUUGCACUUAAAUCAUUGCAGAAAAUUGUACUCUUUGAAAAUGUUUAAUAAAUCAUGUUGUGAACUACG